AGCAGCUGCGGGGAAGCAGGCGGCCGGCCGCAGGGAGGGCAUGGAGCGGCGGAGCCGGGGGCUGCUGCUGCUGGCCGGCCUGCUGCUGGCGGCCGCAACGGCGCCUGCACGGGUCGGCGCGCAGUACGAGAAGUACAGCUUUCGCGGCUUUCCCGAAGCCGACCUGAUGCCGCUGCAGAGCGCCUACGCGUACGCGCUGGAGCAGUACGAAGGCGAGAGCUGGAAGGAGAGCGUCCGCUACCUGGAGGCCAGCCUGCGCCUCCACCGCCUGCUCCGCGACAGCGAGGCACACUGCCACAAGGAAUGCGCGCGGAGCCAAGGCGCCGGGGAGUCCGCCGCGCUGGGCGACCGCUGGCUCGAAGAGCUUGGCCCCGGCCCGGGAGCGCUCUCGGAGCCCGCCGAUGGCGCCCCGGACGAGUGGCAGUGGGAGAUGGAGCUCUUCGGGCGCGUCCUCCAGCGCGCCUCCUGCCUGCGGGAAUGCAAGCGCAGCCUGCCCGCCUUCCAGCUCCACUACCCGCCCGCCGAGACCCUGCGGGCCUUCCAGCGCCGCACUCCUUACCUCUACCUGCACUACGCGCUCUACAAGGCAAAUAAGGUCGAGAAAGCUGUAUCCGCGGCUCACACUUUCCUGCAGAAGAAUCCCAAGCAUGAGGUGACUCAGAGGUACCUGAAUUACUACAAAACUAUGGUGGACGUGGAUGAAUACCUUGUAGACUUGGAAGCACAGCCGUAUGAGACCGUUUUUGUUCGAGCUGUGAAGCUGUAUAACAGUGGGGAUUUUCGGAGCAGCAUUGCAGACAUGGAGCAUGCAUUAGCUGAGUACUACAAGAUCUAUGAGAACUGCCUGGCUGGUUGCGAAGGCAGCUACGAGCUUCGUGACUUUAAGGAUUUCUACCCAGCCAUUGCAGAUCACUUUGUCGAAGUCCUACAGUGCAAAGUGGAUUGUGAGGCUGACCUGACCCCAAACGUAGGUGGCUACUUUGUGGAGAAGUUUGUAGCCACUAUGUAUCACUACCUUCAGUUUGCAUAUUACAAGCUGAAUGACAUCAAGAACGCAGUUCAGAGUGUGGCCAGCUACAUGCUCUUUGACCCCAGGGAUGAGGUCAUGCAGCAGAACCUGGUCUAUUACCGCUUCUACCGUGAGCGCUGGCACCUGGAAGAGGAGGACUUCAACCCACGGCCGGAGGCUUCACGGUAUCACAACCAAACAUCUGCACAAAAAAACCUCUUGGAGUUUGCCAGGCUGUACCUCCAGUCAGAUGAUGAGAGAAGGCCGAGUGAGUGGUAUGGUCCUCUCGUCAUCUGCCAGUGUGGGGUCAUCUUAAUUCUUUGUGCCCAUCAAAGUUGCAGUGGGCUUAUCUGGAGCUGGCAGGUGUUCCCCUCGCUAUUUCCCAUCAUGUUUCCUGCCUUGGGAGGCCUCUCUCUCCAGGCCUUUCUUAUGUUAAUGUCCCAGCAAGACGGGGACACAGGAAGGUCCAGCUUCGCUCCUUUAAUUCCACACCAGAUUGAAAUGGUCAGGCACCAACGCUGCUGCACCAAUCCGAAGCACUGUUUGAAUGUCCUAUGGUGCUUCACUUCUAGAAUUGUCCCAUGAGCAGUCUUGGAAACAGACCUUCAUGCAAUGGUUUUGGGCUUUAACCUUGGCACAGUCAGCAUAACUUCAGGUAGCGACUUUGGCUAGCCACAUUAGCACAUGCACAAGAAGUGGUGAGCUAUACAACUAGUUUUGCAGUGCCGCUGAACUCUCCAUGGGGCCAAAUAUAAGCCAUGCACCUUUGCCUAAAAGCCUUUUCUGACAGGAACCAGACUCCCAGCAUGCUUUGCUCUGGUUCCGAUAGGGUCCUUGAUGGGUAUAGGUUUCUUCCUUACCUGGUUCUUGAAGGGGAUAAUAGGUACGUUCAAACUGGCUUGUCAAGUGUCUUUUUAAACCUCACAGUGCUGCCUUGAUAAUAUUUUGUUUUUUGGUUAAUUUAAUUUUUUGUUUUCAUUUGUACAGAUUUCAAAGAAAAAUGUUAGCUAAAAUUUAAUAAAAUACUUCCCAGUUCUUUUA